ACUACAGAGAGAGAGUGAGAGAGUGAGAGAGAGAGAGAGAAGGAGAAGCGAAUCGGCAGUGGAGAGCAAGGCAGGCAGCAGACAGUGUGCAAAUUGUGAUGAGUAAAAGCAUUAGCCGACUCAGCUGUUGAUACAGCCUGGUGUGAGUGAGUGCAAGAACGAGAGCGCGCGCGAGAGAGCGAGAGUGAGAGAGAGCGUGAGCGAGAGCGAGUGAGAGAGAGGGAGUGAGAGAGAGAAGUGUAAGGAGGAAAAAAGGAAGGAAAGAAGGGGAAAGAAAGGAUACCAGAACUAUGCUGUGCUGUAUAAGAAGAACAAAACCGGUCGAGAAGAAUGAGGAUGCCGACCAGAAGAUCGAGCAGGAUGGCGACAAAAAACCCGAGGACAACAAGGCCCACAAGGCCGCCACCAAGAUCCAGGCCAGCUUUCGCGGACACAUAACCCGCAAAAAAAUGAAAGACGGCGACAAAGAAGAGGAGGGGGAGGAGGGGAAAGACGAGAACACCCCAGCAACCACCGAGGAGGAGGCCGCCACUGACGCCGCUGCCACCGAGGCAGCGGAGGGAGAGGAGAAGAAGGAGGCCACGUCUCCCGCGGCGGAGAAGGCCGAGGAGGCAGCGGCGGCGCCGGCUGAAGCAGCAGCGGCAACCGACGCGGCGAGCGAGAAGGCCAAAACCCCCGUCACGGACAAGCCGGCCGAUCCUCCAGCGGCGACUUCACCCACUGCCGCCGCCCCAACGGAGCCCGCAAAGGAAGACGCGGCCAAGCCAGAGGCCGAGGAGAAGCCCAAGGAGGAGAGCAAAGAUGCUCCGGCGGAGGAACCCAAACAAGCCGACGUGCCUGCUGCAGACGCCAGCAAGACAGCCGAUUGUGAGGAGACAAACCAAACAGAAGAGAAAAAAGAUGGUGCUGAGGAGUCAGAGGCAGCAGAGGAGACCCCGUCGGAUGCAGCAAAGGCGGACGAGUAAAUUUACAGAAGAAGAAAAAAAGAAUGGAAAGAAAUUAAGAUGCAUACAAAAUACUUAACGAAAAAGGUUGCUCUUUGCCAUGGCCGCCCGCAGGUUUUUUGCAAAGACAGUCUGUUUUUAAUUUGUUCGGUCCUCUGUUAUUUUUAUGUGUGGCAAUGAUGUUUUUCUUAUAGUGGAGGAGUUUCCAGUCAUGGCCAUUUUUGACUCGCUAUAGGGGUGACAAGACAAAGUGGUGGCAAUGACUGCCUCUAUACAUGCAAAACUCUCUGGUGAGGGUAAAAAAAAAGUACUUAUAUAAUUAAUUAUUAUAAUAAUAUCACUAUUAGAAGAAAAAGAAACAGCUCCAAACAGCAGCAUCCAUUUCCAACAAACCUAACCAAAGGACUGGUCAUUCUCUCAUUCUGCUUGAUCUAUUAGCUUACUCUUUCAGUAGUACCACACUUCACAUUCACAGUACAGUAGUAUUAGCGAAACAUUGUAAAAAACUGAAAUAACUUACAAAAAUAUCUGAUAGAAAUCCCAUUCUCAUUCAAACUCCAACAUCUCUAUCCUGCUCUUUGUUUGCCAACAUUUCAUGAAUAGCUUGAACCAUUUAAAAGAAAAAUAUGAAAAAAAUUAAAAAAGAGGAAUUGCAUGGGAACUCCUCCAUUGAGGAGAACUUUUGGCAGUCACCAUGACAAAAACGAGAAAAAAAGUGUGGCUUCUUUUUGAUGUCCUUGGUGUUGUUAUGACCGUUUGAUAUAAAUUGGAAUUAUACCUGCACUGAUGUUAAAAAAAGAAGAAAAAUCAAACAAUUAAAAAACAUUUUCCUAUGUUUCAAGUGAGUGCAAUGUCAAGUUUGAAUCUAAGGAGUUAAAUUGUGGAAUUAAAAAAUGGUUUCAAUGUCUGUUUUCAAAAUAAAGAAAUGUGCCAA